GUGCAACGAUCAACAGCAUUUUGCUCGUGGAAGUGUGCGUGAAUGUAAUGCGCCUCGUACCAGAACCUGUCCUCUUCUUUUCCAACAUAACCAAAUUAUUUUUAGCCAAAUACUAAAACCACACACACAUAUAUAAAUUUAAAAUGUUCUUUACAAUAUCCUUGAUAUCAAUGUUCGCCGUUUCCAUCACCGGAUCUGAACCCUACGACCAUCCAUGGGAGUUGGCUAUAGCAAUUGAAGAUCGAGUGGAAUUGUUAAGUGCCAAUGGAACGUUAAUGGGAACUGCCCUCCCUAGAUUCAUUCAAUUGAAAGCACUGACCUAUGAUCUAGCCAGAAACCAGUUCGUUGUCAGUGACGAAGACAUUGACAAAAAGAAUGAUACAAUCUAUUCCUUCCAUCUUACACAAGAGACUGAUAUUUUUCCUAUAAUAAACCAACUUCCAGACGACGUUCAGGGCUUAGCGAUCGAUCCCGUUGAAGACGUGCUGUAUUGGACCGAUGCCAUCCACAAAACCAUCAAUGGAAUUUCUUUGAAUAAGAAGGGAGAAUCGUCGACGCUACUACAUUUCGCUAAAGAAGUUCCACAGGACAUCACCAUCGAUAGUUGCAAGAAAUUUUUGUAUUGGACCAACGCGAACGACGCGAAGCCAACGAUAGAGAAAGUUUCGUUGGAUGGAACAGAGAGGAAGAUUUUGAUAAGCGAUGAUCUCUUCAGGCCAACAGGAAUCGCCGUCGAUCAAGUCGCGGAGAGGUUGUACUGGGCCGACAUCGGAAAGGGAAUAUACUUUAGGAUCGAGAGUUCGAAUCUGGAAGGCAAAGAUAGGAAAGUCUUGUACAAAGGUACACACCAAGAUCCAUACAGGAUAGCAGUGGCUGAUAAAUACGUGUAUUGGACGGAUGUUGUUGGGAACGCGAUUUGGAGAAUGAGCAAGUCAGGUGAUGGUUUCGAGCCCGAGAAGAUAUCCGUGUUCGAGGAGAAACCAAUGGGUUUAUUAACUAAUAACUUAGUAUAUUAUGGGAACAAUUGCAAGGAAUUAGAUAUAGCUAUUAUGGAGAAUAGUAAUAAGAGCUCGGUCUUCUAUGAAGUGCCGAAGGACGAGGAAAAGCCAGUUUGUAAGGAUUGUCUUAACGGUGGACAAAUGUCUGAAGACUGCACAUGCAGCUGCAAACGCGGUUUCACCGGUAAUAGAUGUGAAAAUUACGUUUGUCACAAUUACUGUGUCAACGGAAACUGCAGGCUAAACUCAAUGGGAAACCCGAAAUGCCACUGCCCUUCUGGUCAUUCAGGAGUUAGAUGCGAAAGCAACGUUUGCGACCAAUACUGUUUGAAUGGUGGCCUGUGCAACGCGUUUUCUUCUAAACCCGUUUGCGAAUGUCCUCCAGAUCACCAAGGGUAUCGAUGCGAGUUCAUCAUCAGUAAUGUAACAACGGUGGAAACGUUGCUUCAACAGGAAACCGGAAUGUUCGAUUUUACUCAAAUGAUCAUGAUAGUAUCAAUCAUCUCAAGUGUCUUUAUAGUAAUUAUAUUAACGCUGGCGAGGUACGCUUACAAUUUGAAAAAGACUCGACCAAGGAUCAAGAAAACAAUUGUCGUCAACAAGAACGUUACUCCGCUUACGUACAGGCCACAGCCACCCACGGAACAAUGCGAAAUCACCAUCGAGAAUUGUUGCAAUAUGAACGUCUGCGAAACGCCAUGCUUUGAGCCUCCGCAAUUCAGAGGUUUAUCCUCCAAGAAAGAUGAGAAGAAAAAUCUGCUGGCCAACAUGGAGAACCCGGAUGAUGCAUAUUGACAAGUUCGAAGAAUUUUAAACUUUAUGGGUAGGCUGUGACUUCCAAAAAAAAUUAAGAGUAUUACCGUUGUUAAGUUUUAAUAUUUAUAUUUAUAUACGCGAAAAAACACUGUAUAAACGACUUUAGUACCUUUACAAAGAAAAAGAAACUUAACAAAAUAUAUAAAACAACAAAUCAGAUGUGUUCAAGCUAAUUGCGCAGCUAAAUGCAUUCCGGGGACAGCAAUAACCAAAUAAAUCCCCGGAAAAGAAGACAGAGAAUCUCGUAGCAUAAACUUAACUUAUUAUUAAAAAUCCAUGACACUUCUUUCUUUAUUUUUUUCUGUUUAGUUGAAUUUGCUCAAGUCAGUACUUAAUUUAUAUAUUAAAGGCAAGAAAAAGACAGCACUUUAUUUCUUUUCGAGUAAAGAAUUGUAUAUUAAUUGUUUUGAAUCAUGUUGCAUUCGAAUUUGUUGAAAUACUUUCGU